GCUGGUGUCGCGAGCUAUAUUUAGGCGGGAAAGCCAGUCAGCCCAGGCCAGCCAGAGUCCAGAGGCCCUAGGUUCAGAGACGGGGAAGGGGAGCGCUGCAAGCGGUUGGAUGCCAAGGACAGAUAGAAGCUUUAAAGCGCAAGUGGCCCGUUCUCGUCUUGCGCUUCUUCAUCAAUCAAUCCUUUCCCGACUUUCGCCCGCUCCCAAGGUCCCGCUCUGACUUUGAGUUCAAUGCAAUAACCGUUUCCAAAGCCCCCUUCUCCCCCCUCUCCCCCCUCUCCCACCCCUCCCUCCAGUGCCACCAGGACUACUCCCAGUGCUCGCUGGUCGCUGGUUCGGGUUCAGCUCAGAUCGGCUCAGCUGGGCUCAGAUCAGCUCGUCCCGAGGCCGAGGCUCUCGCACUCACUCACCCUCGCUCGCUCGCUCGCACAGGCGGUUGCUUUCACUGUGGGGCUGCUGUGGGCGGUGGUGGUGGUGGUGGUGGUGAGCUGAGCUGAGCUCGCGCGCUCGGGCGAGUAUGUAAAACGACACGCCCUCGCGCAUCAGCAUCUGGCGCUGAUGCGCAGCAAUGCAAUGCAGCGCGAGCUGUCCCACGGUCGUCACGAAUGUACAUCUCGGGCCAACAUGUGCAGCUCUGGUCUGGCUAUAUCACAUCCUCAGGCCCUCGCGGCCUGCCUGUGUCGCUCACACUCGCACACUCUCUCUUCCUCUCCCUGCCUGCUCUUUUUUACCUGGUCCGCCCGGGUCGCUGCUAUGCCUCACUCAGACGAUGGCUGGCUGCUGGCUGCUGCCUGCGGCAGCACGAACGUGAGCGCGAACUGCCCCAGCCACCAGCAGGCAGGCAGGCAGGCAGGCAGCCCGCCCGUCCGCCCCCGUGACUAGCGAACACCCUAAGAUACUCCAGAUUCUCUACCAACAAGAGUCACGCGUCCGCGCUCUCGCAGCAUACGGAUUCAGACUGACUUCUUCCAGUUAGAGAAUCUUGAGUAUCUCACGAUGUUUCCUGGCCAUUCUCCGCUUCGCACUGCAGGCACGCGCACGCAAGCAAGCUGCUCGCUCGCACAUCUUGCUAUGGUGACUGUGUAGUGUAUCAGAUGAGUACUGUUUGGUCGGGUGGGAAGCUUGUCGGCUGCUGCAGACGUCUGCGAAGUCCGAAGAGCUUCGGAACUCGAUGCGCUCCCUGUGAGGGAUUUUCGAGUCAGCUUUCGGUUUCUGGGGCGUGUCGUGCCACAUCGAGCUCCGCUGGACGCUUUUGAGAUGAUCAGCUUUCAGAAUACACAAGAUGGAAUGUGGAAUUUCUGUCCAGCGAUCAUUUCUCCCGAUGACCUCGUAGCCGUGUUCCCUGGUCUUCACUCUGAGUACACUUGUAUCGCAGCGGCGAGCUCUAUGUUCGAGUAGUGUGCCACCGCAGCUCAGACACUCAUGCUGGCUGAUGCUGAGAAGGACCCAGUGAUGGUUUGUCUUGCCCUACUUGCUCUGAGCUGCUCGUGUUUAUCGCCUUACUGGAUCUUCCAACCUUAUCUUGCUAGAACUUACUCAAGUUGAGUUUACAAAUUUUGCCAACAGUCUGAUCAAUGGUAUUCUUGACAAAACACGGUCAAGAACGAAGACUCAAAAAUCCGAUGCAGGGAUUUUAUCAAGUUCAGUCCGUCAUUCUGAGGGAAAGUGUCGACGAGGUAAAUCUUCGGAGGUACAUUGUCCUGGAAAAGGAAACUGCUACAGAUCAGGAGAAAUACAUGCGCUCUCGAAUACUAUGACUGAUCCUCCAGCAGACUGAAUUGCAAGUGACACUGGACUCGCAGUUUCAGGAGUUCGAGGGAAUCCAAACACACAUCUAAUUACAGUUUUGACUGGUGACUGUACGCCGCACGAUAGUGAUAGCCUGUAAAGAAGAUUGAAUACUCAGUAGUUGAGCAAAGGGAUGCUCAUUGCCCAAUCUCAACUGGAACAAUGAAAUGUUUCGAAAAAGUGCAGA